UCCCAUGAAUCUUAUUAUAUUUAGCGUAGGUAGAGAUUCCAUUGCCAAUAGCCAGAGCAUCCCCAAAAAGAAAACAGAAAAAGCUGUGUGGAUCUCAGUAAUAGGGUUGAUGGCAACGAAUGGGUACGAAGGUGGGUUGAAGAUGAUUGAGGAACUGACCACAAAUGCUGAGCAAAUUCAAGACCAGGAAUUGGGGGAAAUACUAAGUAGAAAUGCAGGAACAGAGUAUUUAAGGGGAUUCCUCCAUGGUCAAACCGAGAAGCAGCUCUUUAAGAAAAAUGUUCCCAUAGUUACGUAUGAAGAUCUCAAGCCUUACAUAGAUAGGAUUGCUAAUGGGGAGACAUCAGAUAUCCUUGUAGCUGAACCCGUUACAGGGUUCUAUCUAAGCUCUGGGACUUCAGGCGGGCAGCCAAAGCUGAUUCCUGUCACUGCUGAAUAUCUUAAGAAGGGGCCAUUAGUUGGAACCUUCAGCGAGUCUCCGACGAUGAGGCACUUCGGUGACAUCAACCAAGCCGGUAAAAGAAUGGAGCUUAUGUUUGCCAGACCAGAGAUUGAAACUCCUAGUGGCCUCAAGGCAGCAACUUUUUCAACGAGCAUGUACAGCGAGAGUAAGUUUAGAACCAAUUUGCCUAAGCUUUACACAAGCCCCAUUGAGACCAUCUUUUGCCCAGACCCCAACCAGGGCUUAUACUGUCAAUUACUUUUUGGUUUAAUCCAACGAGACGAGGUUGUCAAGGUUGGUUCACUCUUUGCAUCUACGGUGCUAAGAGGUAUCAAGUUUCUAGAAAAUCACUGGCAAGAGCUAUGCUAUGACAUAAAAACAGGUCGAUUAAGCGAUUGGAUCACCGACUCAGGAUGCAGAAAUGCAGCAUCAUUGAUCAUGAAGCCUAAUCCAGAGCAAGCUGACUUGAUAGAGAGCAUAUGCAAUUAUAAAUCAUGGGAAGGAAUAAUCAGAAAGCUAUGGACUAAAGCACGGUAUAUUGGUUGUAUUUGUACUGGCGCUAUGAGACAGUAUACAACAGAACUUGAGUUCUAUUGCCGAGGGCUCCCUUUAGUUUCAGCUUUCUAUGCUUGCUCGGAAACUUUUUGUGGGCUUAACUUAGAACCUCUAUGCAAACCUUGUGAUAUCUCCUACACAUUACUCCCUAACAUGGCUUACUUUGAAUUCCUUCCUGUGAAGAAUGAACGUGAUGAAUCUUUUGAAAUGAAGAGCAACGAUGAAGAUACUGAACUUGUUGAUCUUGUAAAUGUGAAGGUUGGUCAAUGUUAUGAACUAGUUGUCUCAACUUGUGCAGGAUUAUAUCGAUAUAAAGUUGGAGAUGUUCUUAUGGUGAGUGGUUUCUACAAUAAUGCACCUCAAUUCCAAUUUCUGGAGAGGAAAAAUGUUAUCCCAAGUGUUGAUCACGAAAAAACAAGCGAAACAGACCUUUUCAAGGCUGUGACAGAAGCAAAGGCUCUUCUCGAUCCACUCGGAUUCAUCUUGGCAGAGUACACUAGCUAUGUUGAUACUUCUUCAGCACCAGGUCACUAUGUCUUAUUUUGGGAGAUCAAGGGAAAAGAAGGGAAGCAUUGCAAAGAGCUUGACCCGAAGAUAAUGGUAGAGUGUUGCUCUAGAAUGGAAGAGUCAUUGCAUUAUACAUAUAAAAUCUAUAGGAAAAGGAGCAUAAUUGCAGCUCUGGAGAUUAGGGUGGUAAAGCAAGGAAGUUUUGAGGCACUAAUGGAUUAUUUUGUGUCCAAAGGAACUUCAUUGAGCCAAUACAAAAAACCUAAUUGCAUUAAAUCUGAGGAAGCCUUGAAGCUAUUAGAUUCGAGAGUGAUGGGAAAGUAUUUCAGCCCCAAAUCACCGUUAUAAUUAGUUUGCAUCAGUUCUUGUUUAAAUGCUCAGGAGAAUAAUCCUUUUCACUUUUUUGUGUAGGCAUGUGUUAAUAUCUGAAAUGUUAAGUAGGGACAUACAAUCAGAUAAAAAUACCAUGUCAGCUAUGCUACAUGAUAUCUUGGAAGCUAAUAAAGUCCUUUGAGAUUCAGAGGUGCAGUGAAAUGUUUCCAAGUACAUUGAAAUUCGCUCAUAUCGAUGAACAUUAUCUUAAUCUUCAAGCUCGUUCAA